AUGGGUAAUCAUUGACGUAGGUAACCUGAAAUUGGCCGAAAGUGCCGAAACGAAACGAAAGGUAGAAACCACAGGUAGAAACCUACAUAAGUAAACCGGGCGGAAGAAGUCGUUUAAAAAAUCUUCCAACUUCCAUCAAGAAUGCAGAAAAUCGUCAUAUUCGGUGCCACUGGCAUGACCGGCCUCUGCGCCUUGGAAGCAGCGGUCAAGAAAGGUCUCUCAGUGCGAGCAUUUGUUCGAGAUCCUGCUAAAGUCCCAGAGACGCUUAAAGAUAAGGUUGAGAUAUUCAAAGGCGAUGCCGUGUCGGACCCACAAUCUGUCAAGGACGCUGUUGAUGGAGUGGACGGGGCUGUCAUCAUUCUCGGCACCAGGAAUGCCCUUGAGCCUACUACAGACUUGUCAGUUGGGACUAAGAAUAUAAUAGAUGCUCUGAUAGAGAAAAAUGUGACCAAAGUGUCAGUCUGUAUGUCUGCGUUCCUGUUCUAUGAGCCAGAUAAGGUACCACCGAGGUUUGUAGACCUGAAUGCCGAUCACGAGAGGAUGUUUGAGAUCGUGAAGGAUUGCCCGCUGGAUUGGAUUGCUGUGUUCCCUCCACAUAUAUCAGACGAGCCAAGCCGUGAGAUCAUAGUCGAGGUGAACCCGGAGAAGUCUCCCGGCCGUGCUGUCUCCAAGUGGGACCUCGGGCAGUUCUUUGUGGACUGUCUGAGCGAGCCCAAGUACUACAAAUCUGUUAUCGGGAUCUGCAACGCCCCUCAGAAGUGAAAACAAUAGGGUUAACACAUGUAGUUCUUUGUACUGUCAACAGAAGGAAUAACCAUAUGUCAACAGCGCAAACAUUCAACAAAAACACAUACACAACUUUAGUUGCCCAUUCGGAUGCAUGUAAUGUGUGCAAUAAAACUGAAGAUUUGCUUCAUGUUUUGUUGGAAUGUGAUCAGUACUCAAGCUUAAGAAAUAAACUCCUGCGUGAUCUCUGUUUGGGCAAUGGUGAGAUCAAUAUUACGUUGAACAAACUGUUGUCUCGGGAGGCCAAAUGUAUUUAUACAUUCUGGAGAGGGGUGAUGAUGCAAAUUGAAUUUCCCCAUGAGGCUGGCAUAGUCGCAACUGUAGCCUCGACAAAAAAUAGAUUAAAAAAAAAAAAACUUUAGUUUCUGAAACAUGUUACUUUACACUCGUCUAUACCACGUGGCUUGUGUAGACAAAACUUUGUCUAGCAAACAAAAUGUUUUGCGAGGCGACCAAGUUGUAAAAAUGGCGGAUGAUAUUACAGUACCCGACCCGGUAAUUUUAAUUUCAUGUAUAUGUUUUUCUCUAGGCAAAAAUUUUAAAAUCGAAACAUUAUUUUUUGUAAACAAUUUUGUUGAUUGUUGCAAUGUUUUUGUUCUGUAGUCUAGCAACAACAUAGCAAAGUCUGCAACAUAAUAUAUCAGGUGUUUUUCUGUUGCCCGUACAAGGUUUAGGCAAUUCCUACAGUAUUUAGGCGGUAUAGAAACAAAUGUUAUUCACGCACAGCAUAAAUUAUUUUGUUUUUAAUGUGUAUUUUUGUAUCCAAAAGUAAUAGAUUUUAAGGGUGUAUGACUUCCAAGAGCAUUUAGCACGGUAUACUGAACUGAUUUAUACUUACUCAUAUGCAAUAUGAGCCAGGUCUCGUUCGCGCGAGAGUUAAAAUUUGGAGUUUUUAAAACGUUUCGUUUGAAAUACAACAAUUUACAACGCUUCUUAACGCGCGCUGGAAAAGCGCUCGUGCGAACGAGGCCUUAGUAUUUAUGUUGUGAUAGCGAUUAACUUUCAUUUGUAAGGCAUUAUAGUUAGAUACUAUUUUUAUUGUAUAAUGUUAUGGUGUCUCUGUAAGACUAUGUAAAUCCAACAAUGAAACGUUGCAAUAAAUCAUUUUAUUGGUUUUA